CCAUUGCAGGAUCCUUCAGAUAUGUUUUCUGACUGAUGUGAGCUUUGGGGUCGCGACGUCAUCUUCGAAGCCGUGGCUAGUGUGCCGCCAAAAACCUAGCGGGAAAGGGCACCACCGCCUUCGACGUCCAGCGCGCAAUGGAAGUUGAAGAUCGCCAGAAGUCUCAAUGCCACCAUUGCGUCAGCUUUCUGUCGCUCUACGCGCGGCCAGACGAACACAAUCCGGCUCACUAAGGACGCGUCAAUAUGGACGUGCAUUCACGAGGCAUUGCUCAUGCUCCGCGCCGCAGCAACUUCAGCAUACGGUGAUCGUGUCGUCUGAAGCUCCGGCAAAUGCACAGCUACACCCCACUACCAGCGAGCCGCCUACGCCUCCAACAGAUCACCGAACGCUUGCGCAAACCCAUAAUCUUUUCAUUACCUCCCCAUACAGCCCUGGCUCGCCGCUCAUCCUUCCCAAUGGCACAUACGUUUUCCAGAAGCUGCAAUCCUUCCUCCGCGCGCAGUAUCCGCAAUUCGGCUUCCACGAGGUCAUCACACCCAUAAUAUACAAGAAGUCAUUAUGGGAGAAAUCAGGGCAUUGGGAAAACUAUGCUGAAGAUAUGUUCAGCGUACAAGGCCGAGGCACAACUACACAAAUACCAGAGUCAGAGGCGGGAGAGGAUGGAGAGUUUGGACUAAAGCCGAUGAACUGCCCCGGCCAUUGUUUACUCUUCAGGGACGAAAUCAAGAGCUAUCGAGAUCUUCCGAUACGAUAUGCGGACUUCAGUGCCUUGCACAGGAAUGAGAUCUCGGGAGCGUUGUCAGGUUUAACAAGAGUCAGGCGGUUCCACCAGGAUGAUGCACACAUCUUCUGUCGGCCAGACCAGAUCCUAGCUGAGAUCGAACAGACGCUGAAGUUUGUCGGCAUGGUGUACAACACAUUCGGCCUUGGGCCCUACAAACUGCAUCUCUCCACGCGGCCAAAGGACAGCUUCAUCGGAACAAUCGAGGAAUGGGACCGAGCAGAGGAGCAGUUGACCACGGCCCUGAACAAUAUCGGAAGUGAAUGGGCGAUCAACGAAGGAGAUGGAGCCUUCUACGGACCCAAGAUCGACAUCAUCCUAAAGGAUUCGCACGGCAAAGAGCACCAAACUGCUACCAUCCAACUUGACUUUCAGCUACCGCAACGCUUCGAUCUGCAGUACCAAGCCUCGCCAGAGGAAGUAGAGUCAGGCUCACAGACCUCCAUGGAUGUAGGUCUCGACCCAGUACUUCGUCGGCCCGUCAUCGUUCACCGUGCCAUUUACGGCUCGAUUGAGCGCUUCAUGGCUCUUUUAAUCGAGCACUAUGCUGGCAAAUAUCCCUUUUGGCUGUCGCCACGCCCAGCAAUUAUCCUGUCAUUGAAUUCAGACCCCAAAAUUUUGGAACACGUAUCGCACAUCCAGUCCGUUCUGUCCGGCCUAAAAGCCCAAGAUGCGCCAACAACACCUUCUUCGUCGGCGCCGAAACCUCUACCCCUGUCAACCAUUCACCUUCCCGUUGAAAUAGAUACCAGCGAUCGCUCACUUGGUAAGAAGAUCGCUGAAGCUAGGGUCAAGAGGUACAAUCACAUCAUUGUUGUUGGUGGUAGGGAAGUGGAGAGCGGUGGGAUGACUCUGCAGAUCGUCAAUCAACCAAACGAGGAGGCUACGAUCGAAGUGUUGGAGAAAGCAUUAGGAACGAAGCUCUCCGAAAAAGAUAGGUCAAGAGGGAGUGUUAACGUAGAGCUGAGUGUAGCCAGGAAAUAUUUUGAAACACUGGCAAACUCGUUUCUAUGAAAAGGUCGGUGUAUACUCCACUCUUAAUGUAUGUAUAACGUUAGCUGUACAAGUACGAUCUUACUACUCUGGUAGAUCCGCAUAAUUUCAAUAACUACAUGUGCGCACUACUAUCAUGAUCACAGUCAACCCAACUCUCGUCCAUCUGUGACGGGACUGAAGUGCUCCGGUUACUACUUAAAAGUCUUCUAUCCAUACCCAGAGCCAAGCUUGCAUUACUCCGGGAUGCUUGCGUAGUAGAGAUCGAGCGGCGAGGGCACCAGGCAUUGGAGUGAUCAACGUAGGUGACUUUUUUUCGAACUACAUAUCUUGUUCAGUCUCGGUCAAAAUCCACAAUCUCGGUAUGUUGGCGGACUUUCGGGUGACAGGAACUUGCAUCAGAUGAAGAUAUGAGAAAACUACAAUGGUGUCUGUAAGACCAAACGAGCAAGGUAAGUGUUGGAUAAAUCCUAGUAACAAUAUGAAAAUCUGCUCAUCGGCAC